AUGGCUUCUGAAAUUGUGAAGAAGACUCAGGGUAUCACCACAGCACAGGACAUGAGAGAGACCACCCAGCUCAUAAUGAAACCGUAUGCCAACUGGGAGGAGUACCUCACACCAGCACCACUCUCCAUAGCCAUAAUGGGGGAACUGGUCUUCAUUUCCUCCAAAACCGAUUUCUCCAUCAACACAAACCCACCCAAAGGCGGCUACAAGUACAUCAAAUACCCAGAGUCAUUCCGUGCCUGCCUCAUGCAAGUGUGUAACUCUGGCUGGUGGGCGUUUAAUGAAGCUCAUAAGAAUAUGGAUCAGAUCCGCCUUCACACUUUCACUGUACCAGACUACAUGAAGACUGUAGUGAAGAUCCUGUUUCAGGGAAGUGAUGAGGUUGUUGAGGCCCACCUGCCUGACCAGCUGGGGAACAUUCGGGAAAUCGCAGAUGACUGUGUGGAGUUGGCCUGUGCAGCAGAAGAAAAGUUUACUGAUGUCAUCAAUAUCAUUCAAGAACUUCUGGAGGCAUGUGUGAAUGCAGAACAUUUUUAUGGAGAGGAGCUGGGGGAAAUCAAGAAAAAAAUGGAAGAAGCUAAAAUGAGGGAGGAUGCAUCACGGGAAGCCAAUGAAAGAUCUAAGAAGGCAAUGAAGACAAUGGAGAGGGAACUGGGAGAGGCUCAAGAGAACUACAAGAAAGCAAUGGAUUCACUUCCUAGUGGAUGGAGCAUGGUUGGCAUGGAUUUAGUUGGAGGAUUAACAGAAAGCAUAACAGGUCUAGUAAAUGCAAUAACAUCCAUUGUUACCCAACCUGUUGCACAAGUGUGUAAGGCAUCAGCAAAAAUGAAGGAUACAUAUGACUACAUAAGAGGUAAGGAUGAUGAAGCAGAUGAAGUUGACAAAAUAAAUAUCUACAGUAAGUCUGGGGAAAUUUUCAGGACUGCAGAACUUAUUGGACAUUACAUUCAAGAGGGAAAUAUUGACUGGAAGGAACUGUAUGAUCAGAAGAAAAAAUACACAAACACAGACUUCGCAGCAGACCAGUUUAAAAGGAUUAAAAACAGCUUGGAAAAGUCCCCAGACUGCAAACCCAAACUACAAGCUAUACUCUUAUGUGAAAAUGGAAUAGACAUCUGUUUGGAGCUUGCAAUGUGUGCACCUGAAGGCAAGUGUAGCAUGGAGAAAAAACAGAAGAUCAUCUCUAAUUGGCAGGAGCUCAUUAAAUCAGCAUGUGCUUUUGACAGCAAAAGCAAGAGUGCCACAAAGUCUCCAUCUUUGACACCAAAACCACCAAUGAUGUACAAACAGGAGAAUAAGAGUGAAGGGUCUGGUAAAAAGUCUGCAGGAGAAAGGGCCUCAGAGAAUGCUCACUUCCGUAUUGAGCAGACCCGAGCACAACUGAACCAGACAAGAGAGAUAUAUGAGAAGUGUGUGGAGAACAUGGAGAAGAACCAGAUGGAGCUGACUGACAUUUUGGUCACCAUGAGAAACUGUGAAGUCAAGGAGAUUGACUUCAAAACCACCAUAGAAAUGCUGGUCAAAGGUAUGGAUGCCAUGGGUAGAGUGAAGGUGCAGUGGGAGAAGAUGGUACACUUCUUUCAAAUGGUGUCCAACAUUGUGAAGGUCAGCCUGAGCAAAACUCUCAACAAUUUUGUCACAACAUCCGAGAAGACACAGAAACUGUCUUACAAUGCCAAACUGUUCUCAAAAGACCUGCUCUACAACCAGGCCUUCCAGGCAUCUAACAUCGCCAGUCUUGUCCACAUGAUCUCAGAAACCUACACUGACGUGUCCAACAAGUACCUGAUGGACAGAAUCAGUAGUCUGGGCAAACUCAUGGCCAUGGAUACGAGUAAACCAGAGUUUGAACUUGAGCGUCUGCAGCUACAGAAGGGGUGUGAUGAAGCACAGAAAGGUAUUCUACAUCUGGUCAUCAAGAACAAAAAAGCCUUUGAGAGGAGUACUGAUGUAAGAUUGAAGAAGAUUGAGGGAGAAUUGCUGGCCAUUCUACCAGCUGUAGCACCUGAAGAAAAGAAAGCUAUUGAAGAUGCUGUCAAAGCUGGAUUUACUGAGGAAGAAGAAGAUGCCUAUAUCUGA